ACCCCCAAUUCUUUUGUUUUUUUCUCCUCUUCCCUCUCUUUUUUCCUUCUCUUUUUUCCUUCAGGAAUCUGCUUAUAGAGAGAAUUCAAAGUGGAUUGCACCGUGUAACAUUUGCCUACUUUCCUUCUUUGUAAUCUUCCACUAGGAAACCUGUCAACAUGACCAAAGCCACAAUCAACUACCGCAAUGAGAAAACACACAUGAUGAGUGCAAUUGAUCAGAGCUUCACAGACCAGAGUACCCUUCAGGAAGACGAGAGGCUGGGAUUAUCUUUCAUGGAUACUCACAAUUACAACAACAGAGGUGAUCAGCGCUCCAACAUUGUCAACGAAUCCAGCAGCCUAUUAGGGGGGUCCCCUCGAAGGCAGUGUGGACGCAAAGGCUCCCCCUAUCACACUGGGCAGCUUCACCCUGCUGUCCGAGUGGCUGAUCUUCUCCAGCACAUCAACCAAAUGAAAACAGCAGAAGGGUAUGGUUUUAAGCAGGAAUAUGAGAGUUUCUUUGAAGGCUGGGAUGCUUCAAAGAAGAAAGAAAAGACCAAAGGGAGACAAGAUCACAUGCCUACCUAUGACCGACAUCGGGUUAAGCUCCAUCCACUUCUUGGUGAUGCCAACUCUGACUACAUCAAUGCCAACUACAUUGAUGGUUACCAAAGAUCCAACCACUUCAUAGCCACACAAGGCCCCAAACAGGAGAUGAUCUAUGAUUUCUGGCGGAUGGUGUGGCAGGAGCACUGUUCCAGCAUAGUGAUGAUAACAAAGUUGGUAGAAGUGGGAAGGGUUAAGUGUGCCAAAUAUUGGCCAGAUGACUCAGAGAUGUACGGAGACAUUAAAAUUACCCAGGUGAAAUCAGAGACGCUGGCAGAAUACGUGGUGAGGACAUUCACUUUGGAAAGGAGGGGUUAUUCAGCAAGGCACGAAGUUAAGCAGUUCCACUUCACAUCAUGGCCAGAACAUGGGGUACCUUACCAUGCCACUGGGCUGCUGGCAUUCAUACGCAGAGUCAAAGCUUCUACACCUCCUGAUGCAGGACCGAUCGUUAUUCACUGCAGUGCUGGCACUGGGCGGACAGGCUGCUACAUUGUCCUGGAUGUGAUGCUGGAUAUGGCCGAGUGUGAAGGAGUUGUAGACAUUUACAAUUGUGUGAAGACUCUGUGCUCACGGAGAAUCAACAUGAUUCAGACUGAAGAGCAAUAUGUCUUCAUCCAUGAUGCCAUCUUGGAAGCCUGUCUUUGUGGAGAAACCAGCAUCCCCAUCAGUGAGUUCAGACCUACAUACAAAGAGAUGGUUAGGAUAGAUCCACAGAGCAACUCAUCCCAGCUGCGGGAGGAAUUCCAGCAGACUCUGAAUUCUGUAACACCCCACCUGGAUGUGGAGGAGUGCAGCAUUGCCCUUCUACCACGCAAUCGGGAAAAGAAUCGGAGUAUGGAUGUGCUGCCUCCAGACCGGUGCCUCCCUUUUUUGAUCUCCAUGGACGGAGACAGCAACAACUACAUCAACGCGGCCUUAACGGAUAGCUACACCAAGAGUGCUGCUUUCAUUGUAACCUUGCACCCCCUACAGAACACCACAACAGAUUUCUGGAGGUUGGUGUAUGACUAUGGCUGCACCUCCAUUAUUAUGCUAAACCAGCUCAACCAGUCCAAUUCUGCCUGGCCUUGUUUACAAUAUUGGCCAGAGCCAGGGCUUCAGCAAUAUGGACCAAUGCAGGUGGAAUACAUAUCUCGGUCAACUGAUGAAGAUGUUGUAGCCCGUCUUUUCCGGGUACAGAACAUAACACGGUUACAGGAAGGACACUUGAUGGUCCGGCACUUUCAGUACCUGCGGUGGUCAGCCUACAGAGAUAUUCCGGAUUCUAAAAAGUCUUUCCUGCAUUUAUUAGCCCAAGUAGAGAAGUGGCAGGGAGAGAGUGGCAAUGGCAGGACCAUUGUGCAUUGUUUGAAUGGAGGUGGACGAAGCGGUACCUUCUGCGCCUGCACCAUGAUCCUAGAGAUGAUCAGGUGUCACAAGUUGGUGGAUGUUUUCUUUGCUGCAAAGACCCUCCGCAACUAUAAGCCAAAUAUGGUUGAGACCUUUGAACAGUACCACUUCUGCUAUGACAUAGCCCUGGAAUACCUGGAUUCACUGGAGACCAGAUAGCAUCUUGUCAAAGCACCCCAAAGUUGCCAGCAGAGCAGAGCCUAUACGAACUCAACCCACGUACACAGUGUUGUGCAUAUGCCAGCCAUGAAUUUGAUACCUGCGUGUCAUUUCUAUGUAUAUGGAUACUGGUGUGCAGAAUGGGCACCCCAGUGGGUCUCCUUGUGAUGCUAAGAGUCACCGGCUGGAAAGAACCCUUCACUACAGACAGCAGAGAACAAGCAAAAUCCAGCACCUGUCAACAUGGCAACAGGAGAGUAGAGGAAGCAAUGGAAUGUGUUCUGAAAGCUAAGGUGCUUUCUGGCAGAAAAGAUCAGCUUGCAGUUGUCAUUCUUUGGGAAACCACGUUGGACUAAAGCGCUCACUGGACUUGUACAGUUUUCAUUCUCUCUUUAUAACCCUAUGUUUCUUGUUUCCAAAUGAGUGCCUGCCUCCAAAGAGAGUUUCUAAAUUGCUAUGUGGCAGGAACCCUGCCUGUAAAAAACAGAACAGAACCCCAGUCAUCUAACAGGGAGAAAGCACAUAUGUGUCUUGCUCUCAAGUUAAGGUGUCCUGAUUUUCUUAAUAACCACGAUGACCAUAAACCUGGGUAUUUUGUUCCCAACUGUGCAAGCUUUGGAAGAGCCUUACUUUUCAGAAUACUGGCAUCAGGCCUGCGGCCCUCCUCGGGCAUCUUUUCAGUAGGGCUACCUACCCAUUAAACGUUCUCAAUAACUCAGCCCCUUCAACAUCUUAGCCAGAAGAACUCGUGCGCACCUGUAGGCUUCUGAGAUCACCAGCAAGCAUGUAAGCCAGAAGAGAAUCUUCCCAGUUAGUCUGUUCACAAGAAUUAUUAAGCAAGGGGGCAGGAGUGGGAAAGAAAAGGUCCCUAUCAAUCCAGAUAAUUCUCUUUCAGAGUCAAGUGUAGACCUUUGUGUGUAUGUUGGUGGCAGCUUUGGAAUUAAAAGUGGUGGCAAAUAGCUGUUUUCUGCACUUAUGACUAAUGUGGUGGGAAGACAUUUUGCUUGGGAAAGAUGAGCUGGUUGAGUUUUCUGGAAGAGGUAGUUCUGUACCUUUGUGCAGCUUUGCUUGGAGUCAGAAUUUACAGGAGUCAGUGUUGAAAGAUGCCAGUAUAAGAACGUGAAGGAUAGGCAGAUAUGUUUCUAUAAGAGUCCAAGACCUUGGAACCUGUUCCUUUCCUUUGCUCCAUCGGCCAAGCUAAUCAGUUUAUUCCCUCACCUCCCCCUCUUGGUGUAAGAUUCUGUUGAGAUAAUUAAUAGAGGAGUAUUUAAUGCAGAAUAGCAUCAGAGCACUGGAUGUGUUUUGCAUGAAAAUUGUGGUGCUCCACUCAUUUAUUUAAAGAGCCAGCGAUACUCCAGCCAGGUUAAGCAAAUUUUUGCUAAACCUGGAUGACCAGCCUAUUCAAAACAUUCUGGCAAUUUCACUUAAAAUACCCAAAGCCUCCAACUUUCAGGCUGCAUGAUGCAGACAAGUGCAUGUGCAAAAGUAAAAAAAAAAAAAA